AACAAAAUGGCGAAGUGACGUACUCCGAAUUGUUGAUGGUGGUUUUUUCAUUUCGAUAGCUAGCGCAGUUGCCCACAAGAAAGCCAAUAAUGGCUGAUCGGAGUAGAACAAGAUCCAAAAUUCUCGAGAGGUUAAAUAAUCCUGAACUUCGCUGUAAAACGGGGUGUGGUUUCUAUGGAAAUCCUGCAUGGAGAGGCUAUUGUUCAGUAUGCUACAGAGAGGUGUAUCUAAAGCAGCAGAGGGCUCGAGCUGCCUCACAAAGCAGAGAAGAUGCACUAUCUGGUGGUUCUCACAAUUUCCAAACAGAAGUGGCACAGGAAGAGGAAGAAUCAGGAGGAAAACUCAAGUUCAAUAAAUUUGAAGAGAAAAAGAGGUUUCAAUUAGAGUCCAAAAAUUUGUUUCCUGACAGACAAAGUGUUAAGAAAUUAUUCAAAAAGAGUCCAGGCAGAGCUUCUGUACCAGACGCUGGAAUUUUUAGCCCAUCUCCAGUUGAGCCUCAAAAGAGUGGUUCAAGUUUUCGGGAUUUCUUAAAGACCAUAAAGAAACCAGCAGCACAAGAUGUCAAUCAUAAAUGCAACGUGUUUGUUGAAACGAUUUUAAACAACCCAUCACUGAAGGUAGAAGAACAGAGUCAGAUGGUUCAUGACUUUUAUGGGGCAAUGUCAGAGCACCUACAGUCUCAUCAGUUGUUUCAAAAUCAACCACAAGAAGGGAUUGACAGAACAUUGGAUGGAGUAGAAAAAUACAUCAUGACAAAGUUAUAUAAAGUUGUUUUCAGUCCAGCUUCCACGGAUGAUGAAGCAAGAGAUUUGGAAAAUCAGAAGCGUAUGCGAAGUUUUAACUGGAUAACUCCUCAGCAUCUGGAUGCUGCUAUAAAUCCAGAUAUUGAUGCAGUUCAGCAGUUGAUUGAUGAAGCACAACAAGAUCUGGUGGAAAUAAACACAAGGAGAGCUCCUCAGGAUAAACUAGCAUGUGUUGUGCGUUGCUGCAAGAACAUAUUUAAAAUUAUUCAUUCCUCAACACCCGAUGGUGGAGCAGUUAGUGCCGACGAUUUCCUUCCUUGCCUCAUUUAUGUCGUAUUAAAAGCAAAUCCCACAAUGUUACAUUCCAAUGUUCAAUAUAUCUCCAGAUUUUGUAAUCCUAACAAACUGAUGAUGGGAGAAGCUGGAUAUUACUUCACGAACCUUUGUUGUGCUUUAUCGUUUAUUGAGAAGCUUGAUGCUCAGGCAUUAUCCAUGUCUCAGGAAGAGUUUAACAGAAACAUGUAUGGGGAUGAAAGUGACGGCGCGGAGCAAACCAAACCCAAAGCAGAGCUUCCUGUGACUUGCAAGGGCCUGGAACUCAUGAAGUCCAAUCUCGAGGUGCUUGGCACUUUAAGGGAACGCCAAGUUAAGCUUAAGGAGGACGCUCUUUUAUUCCAAGAACAAAUGACAGAAUUCAGGAACAAUAUAGUAAAGGAGGUCGACGCUAUCUUAGCCGGAACAAGUAAAGGAAACACGUAUCUGAAACCAGCUUUAACAGUAGGCGAGCCGCUUGAGACAGGUGUGACUGCGAGUUGAUUAACCAAACGCGACACAUCAAGGAAAUUUGCAACUGAGACUUGAAUCAGUGCAGAAAAGGGGCAUCGAUCUGUUACACGUUACACAGUUCUAUUUUGAUUCAUAUUUUGCACAGACCUGUUACUUAGGCGAAGAUAAAAACAGAACUGUUCUACGCUUCUUACGAAGCGACAAAUCCACGCAACAAUCCAAAAUUAGUUUAAUAGCAGGAGCAUUUAAUUUUCUACUAUUUCAAGACGGAUUUGCCAUGAAAUUUUUACCGCUUCAUAAUAUAUUUAAGAAAUUGUGUGCGCUUUCAUCGGUUGAUCGGUAUGAUUAGAUGCGAUGCGCAGAUGGGUGCAUUCGCGCCUAUUUUUAAGAAAGGUUUUAUAAUAAUAGGACUUUUAUCUUGUGACUACAAUAGCGGGCAAUCCCGGCCGGGAGGAUUGGGAGAGUUUUCGAAAACUAAACAAGUCCUUCAUUGCAUCUCGUGUUCGUUUAAUUUUCUCAAAUUCUCCCAGCCUUCUCUCCCCCCCCC